AGCCGGAAGCAGAGCUGUUAGGAACAGCAGUGUUGACCAUACGGAGGCGGGACGGGAACUGGUCCAUCUGUGCAGAGAAGGAUCAGAGAAACAGAAGAGGACAGGAAGAGGGCUGCAGAUGGCAGGCUUUCUGGAUAGCUUCCGCUGGCCAGAGUGUGAAUGCAUUGACUGGGGGGAGAGGAGGAACGCAGUGGCUUCUAUUGCCUCUGGAGUUCUGUUCUUCACAGGCUGGUGGAUCAUGAUUGACGCAGCAGUGACGUAUCCAUCGCAGGAGCAGAUGAACCAUGCAUUCCACACAUGUGGUGUGUUCUCCACCAUAGCAUUCUUCAUGAUAAAUGCAGUUUCUAAUGGCCAGGUGAGAGGAGACACAUAUGGAGAGGGCUGCCUUGGCCGGACAGGAGCUCGUCUCUGGCUGUUUAUCGGCUUCAUGAUGAUGUUUGGCUCGCUCAUCGCUUCCAUCUGGAUCCUGUUCGGUGGCUACGUGGUGCCAAAGAAAGAAGUGGCCCCCGGGCUGGCUGUGUUCUUUCAGAACGCCUUCAUCUUUUUUAGCACUCUGAUCUACAAGUUUGGCCGGACUGAAGAUUUAUGGGGUUAGAGGGUCUGUCUGAUUACUGUCUUUCUGUCUCUCACUCUCUCACCAACACACACACAUCUGGUAUACAGUGUGUUAGUAGUUCUGCAUCCCUUUUCAUGUGUUUCCUGAUAUGAAAAUAGUUUUUCUGUCCUUGCUUUGGCUACAUUUGCAUACUUCUAGUUUUUCUCAUACUAUCUGUGCUGCUCUUAAGAAAUUAAUUUCAAUGUUUGCAUUAUAAAUGAGGGAAUUCCUUUUUUGUUAUUGAGAACCAAGAAGCCAGGUUCAGGUCAGUGUUAUUGUAUCUCAGAUGCAUCUUAAGUGUCAGUUGUGUCAACUCAUGUCAGCAUUUGUUCAAUGUGUAGAUGGUUACAGUGUAAGUUUACUGUAGUGGAUCAGAAAGGGAGAACAGCAUUUGUUCUAGGAUGGACUGAUUUAUUGAUAUAAGUACAAUCUGAAGUGGAUGUGAGGCCCUUUCUGCUGUCUCUACUUAUUUUUUAUUAUAAUGUAUUUCAGAAGACAUGAGUUUUUUCUUUCAUCGGUCUGAUUCAUAUUGGGGUCAGUUUCCUUUUGACAUACUAGUCUCUGCCGUUCUGCCUCAGGAGGAAGUGUUUUUUACAUUGUCUGUUUUGUCCACUUGUACUUUGUCCUUGUUUAGCUCUCGUUUCUUCCAGAACAUGUGUAAAGUGAAAUGCAAGUAUUCUGAUGGUUUUUGGUAUAAAACAAAUUUUGUGAAGUCAGACUGUAGGAACAGUAUUAAAGGACUUGUAAUGGACUAAUUUACAGUAUUUGCUACAAUAUCACAUAGAGACAUGUGCAUCAGGCAAUUUUUUAACGUAAUAAGAUGGACUUUUACUCUGAAGCUUUUAAGGUGGAGUAAAAAUACGAUCUGGGAAUUUGGGGUUAUUUCCCAUCUGUUGUUCAACCUUUUUAUCAUUUGUGUAUCUUGUGAAGAGCUUAAAAUGUGAAAAAUAAAGAACAUUUUUAAUUGGA